GCGCGCAGGCGCUCUUUCCUCAGUACGCAGGCGCCGCCUUAGGCAGGAGAGCGAUGAUUGGUGGGCUGGCGUACCGGGGCGUGGAGCCCGACGUCUGGUUUUGGGCGGGAAUUGAAACCGCCACAGCUGCUCUCCAGCUCCAGGUCGCUGCUGUCCUAGGAAGGGCACCAUGGUGCGCCCUACCAGAAAUAAAAAACCAGUCAAUUAUUCACAGUUUGAGGAUUCUGGCAAUGACUCUGAUGAUGAUUUUAUUUCUGCAUCUAUACCUGUAAACAAGUCAAAAACCGUGCCAAAAGUGUUAAAGCAAGACAAGCCAAAACCUAACUUGAAGAAUCUCCAAAAAGAAGAGGUCUUACCAACAGAACCCCCUAAAAAAAGGAUGGCUUUAGAUGACAAGGUCUUCCAGAGAGGCCUAGAAGUUGCCCUGGCCUUAUCUGUGAAGGAACUUCCAACACUCACCAACCAAGUGAAGAAGCCCGAAGAGAGAAGCACUGACACAACCGGCAAAAGGAAAACGGAAAAGACAGAUAAACCUCCUCGAGUCUCUAACUGCAGUGUAGCCAGUGAUGAUGUAGAUUUGAACAAGAUCACAGAGGAGGGGGACGUCAGAGAUGUUGAAGGAGAGAGGAGAACAACAUCUAAAGCCAGGGCUCAGCAGAGGAGGAAGCUCUCAGAAGGCAGCAGUGGCAGCAGUGCUGACGGCACUGAGCCGGACAGUGCGACUGGUGAAGAUUCAGAAAGUGAUCCUGAUUUUGAUGAGAGUGAGGAAAGCGAUGAAGACUUUGGUGUGAGAAGAGGUAAAGAAACAAAGAAGAAACCAGUGCAGAAGAAACCCAAAGCAGAAAAGAAGGAAAGGAAAUCAAAACCCAAACGUGAGGAGGCAUCAGUGACUUCAGCAGACCCAGCUCCAGCUGCCAUCAAAUCAGGAUCUCCAGCCUUACCCCAGCCAGUUGGUCUUCCUUCCGAGGCCACUAGGAAACCAGCAAAAAUAUGCAGCCCUUCAGCAGAAAGCAAGAGGCCCAAGUGGGUCCCCCCAGCCAGAAAAGCUGAAGACUUUGAAGGCGUUGGAGUUGGGGGUUUCAGAUCAGGAUGCUCCGCCUGCCUGUGCUCUUCCUGUUUGUCAGUCCGCCUCCGGGAGCAGAAACUCUAGCAGCAGCUCAUGGGCAGGAACCCCCGCCAGGUCCCCGAGUCAGAGCCUGCGUCUGGGCCUCUCCCGAUUAGCACCAGUUAAGAGUUUGCAUCCAAGUACCACAAGCAGCCAAGUACGGUAGCAGGAAAGGACCUCUGAGACCCUUGGGACUGCAGAGCGGGUUGUCAUAUUCAGCGUCCACAUAAAAGAACCUUUAAUGGAUCACAUGAAGGAGCUCUGUGUGAUUCUGGUCUCAUCAAAACCUUCUGCCCUUCAGCAAAGAUUCUGGGGCCUCUCCUUGUGCCACUCCUGAAGAGUGAAGAGUGUGUUGUGUUUUCUUAUGUUUCAUAAGUCACCGUCACUCGGGCUUUGCGGCACAUCGGCAAUCACAUGUCCUCCAACUCUGUCUGGCAAAAGGGCAUCCUGGGUUCCUUCAGGAGGCGUUUCUGAAAUCUUUCCCAUGCUACAUUUCUGUAGCUUUGUGAGAAGCUUGCUCUUUAUCCAGGUCUUUUUUAGUGAGAGUUCUGCUUUUUGUACAUAUUAAAAUGUCGACUGUACUGCAGCAUGUGUCCCUCCGUGGGGACAGGUGGUUAGCGUGUAGCUGAUCUUAUAACACUGUAUGAACUUCUCAAUGUCAGACCCUUUAAUAAGAGUGGAAAGGUUAAAAUGCGCUCACUGAUACCAUGCGUCUCCGUGUGUCUGUUUGCUAAUGUGAGUCUUGUGUGUCAGCAUAAGCAAGGGGAAGUGGUGUCUUCACCUUAGAUAAAGCCCGAGGUGAAAGACUGUCACCCCUGUCAUCAGCUGAUGCAGUUUCUCAAGAAGCUUAGAUUUAUUGUCAAUAAAAAUAAUUAUUUUUAUGGUGAGAAUAUCACUUAUGGUGUUCCUGAUCACUUUUUAAUAAAAAAAUUAAUGGCUUACCAUAAA